AUGUCUGGUUAUGGGAAGUCAGAGCUCGCAGGUAUGGGUGUGAACCAUUUGUCCGACGUUGUCGCUCAUUCGACAACAGAUUUCCCGCCUACCGAUACUGAAAAUCCAAUGUUCUACGGCACAUUUCUCCAAGCUCCGUAUAGUCAUCACCAUCUUCUCCAGCCUACUGCGAAUCAAGAUGUUGACUUCCAAUUUGUGUCGCAAGACAUCAAACCUUCGGUCCAACACAUGAGGAACUUCAGUGCUCCACACUCUCGGGCACCUUCAACGAACACCAUUCAUCAGCCUGCUCUGAAAAGAAAGGCUUCCAUGACUGAAGAGUACGACCAGCCAGCCUCCAAGAGAACAGCAGUGGCACAGGUUCAAGUCCAAGACCCUCAGGGUGAUUACUACGACCUCAGCGGUCAAACCUCGCCCGGGACACCAUUUGUACUUACCCCGACUGGCAGCACCGGACUCCCAGUAUGCGCGCCCAACUUUGCAUCACCAAGACCGUCUGGCCACCAUUACUCCACCUCGACGGCUUCCCAAGUGUCAUUGACUGCUCCGUCACCGCAUACACCCGCUUUCAACAGCCCGUCCUUCGCUACUGUGAAAAGCGAGCAAAGUCCCAGGGCACCAGUCACGCCCAUUCCUCGGCCGGCGACAAGCUCUCCCGUCAAAUCAUCUGUCCCUAAGUUGGUUCGUACCUCCACCAUGCAACAGUCUCCUCCUGGCUCUUUCUCCGGCAUGACCAUGGGACAAACUCAGACCUUCAACCCUUAUUCCAUGCAUCCUCUUAAGGCGAGCUUGAAAUUGAACGGCGACCUGGAGACCAUGAAAGAGUCCUGGACCAAGGAUGAGAAAGAGGCUCGUCGUCGUCUCGUUGAGUUCCGACGAAGCCAAAUCAACAGCACCAUUACCGCCGACUUUAAGCCUGUUGCACCACAAGACCGUCAGCCUAGCAGCAUCUGCAUCUCGUGCAUCUGGUGGAAAGAGAAGAACGAAUUCUACGUCACCUCCGUCGAUACCAUCUACCUGCUCGAGGCUCUUGUUGGGGUGAGAUUCACUGUCGAGGAAAAGAACCGAAUACGCCGAAACCUGGAAGGAUUCCGGCCGAUGACUGUUUCCAAGGCCAAGCCAGACAGUGAGGAAUUCUUCAAAGUCAUCAUGGGCUUCCCUCAUCCCAAACCCCGCAACAUCGAGAAGGAUGUCAAGGUGUUUCCAUGGAAGAUUCUAUCUACCGCCUUGAAGAAGAUCAUCUCCAAGUACUCCGCAAGCUAUUCUUCAACAGCCGCGGUCGUUAACCCGGCUUCGAUGUAUUCUGACCAUGUGGUCGACUUCCGAUUCAUGUCUUCACCUCAACAAGAGUACAUGCCUGCGAUGUCUGCAACUGGGUCUUAUCCUGUCAUGAGCUCGGAAAUGCAAUACAUGCCUGCGCCACAACCCAUGCCCAUGCAAGCACCACCUCCGGUUCCUGAGCUUCAACUGCAGGUGCCAGAAUACAGAACCUUCGAUGCCAAUGGCCAAUUCUACUAUCAAAUGGUCCAGACUCCUAACGGGACCAUGCCGAUGCAGCGUGGUCCAAUGACAGCACCAAUAAACCGUCCUAAUUUGGACUUUGCGCUCGCCAACGGCAACCCCGUCACCACGGCGCCGCAUAGCGCUCCAGCGGCCGCCUACCAACACGCAUUCUUCGAAUCGAACGAGUUCGUGCCUCCAAUGCACUAUCCACAACGCUGA